CCUCCCGCAGGAGGAGGAGCUUCCUCCCGCAGGAGCCGCCGUCGUACAUUCGCGGGGUGUUGACGGUGAGAUGAGCGGCGGCCGGACGCAGAGCAGCACCAUGGUCUCACUGUGGCUGACGUCGGUGUUUGUCGUGCAGGUGUCGGGGCUGUUGUCUCACGUGGAGAAGUACGAGGUGGUCCGACCUCAGAGGCUUCAGGGGCGACCUCAGAGGAGCCCGCAGGACCCCCAGCUUCAUCCUGACGCGGUUCAAUACGAGUUGACGGUCGAAGGGACAAAACACACAAUUCUUCUGGAAAAGAACAGGAAUCUUAUUGGGAGAGGCUUCACUGAAACGCGUUAUUCACAAGAUGGAAAACGAAUGACGACGUCUCCAAAGGAGGAGCUGUGCUUCUACCACGGCCACAUCCGAGGCCUCGAGGACUCCUCGGUCAGCGUGGGAAUCUGUUCAGGCAUCAGCGGCCUCCUCAGACUCCGGCAGCAGGUCUUCCUCAUCGAGCCUCUGGGACGCGCCGCGGAUGGCGACCACGCGCUGUUCAGACGGGAGCACCUGAAGCUCGGCGGCCCGUUCGCCUGUGGCUCCUCCCCCAACGGCACCACGCGGCACAACCCGGACCGGGACCCGGGCCCUCGGCUCUCUGGCCUCUUCAGGUCCAGAUCGUGGAAAACUAAAGCCGUCGCCGGCCCGCAGAAGUUCGUGGAGCUCUUUGUGGUCGUGGACAACGCCGAGUACAAGCGGUACGGAGACCAGACAAAAUCCAGGAUCCUCGAGGUCAUAAAUCACGUCGACAAGCUGUACCGACCUCUGAACAUCCGCGUGGUGCUGGUGGGUUUGGAGAUCUGGACGGACGGAGACCACAUCGACGUGGACGUCAAGUCGGAGACGACCCUGGACAACUUCCUGCUGUGGCGGCGGGCCGACCUGCUGCGGCGGACGGACCACGACAACGCCCAGUUUGUGACGGGAAAGGAUUUUGACGGAGACACGGUCGGACUUGCGAACAAGUUUGCGAUGUGCACCGAAAACUCGGGCGGAGUCAAUCAGGAUCACCAUGACAACCCGAUAGGCCUCGCCUCCACCAUCGCUCACGAGAUGGGACAUAACUUCGGCUUGUCCCACGACGCCGCCGGCUGUCUGUGUGGUCCGUCGCACAGCAGCGGGACCUGCGUGAUGGCCGAGAAGCUCAGGACCGGGAGCCAAGCCUUCCCGGAGCUGUUCAGCGGCUGCAGCGUGGAGCAGCUGGCUGAUUUCAUGGAGCGAGCUCGGCCCGGCUGCCUGCGUCCCCCCGGCUCGGCCCGCAGCGUCGCCGCCGGCCCGCGCUGCGGCGACGCCCUGCUGGACCCCGGGGAGGAGUGCGACUGCGGCACCGUGGAGGAAUGCAAGAACCGCUGCUGCGAUGCCUCGACGUGUCUCCUGACUGGAGGAUCCCAGUGUGCUCACGGGCAAUGCUGCGACAACUGCCAGCUGAAGCCGGCGGGCAGCGUGUGCCGCGAGAAGGCCAGUGAGUGCGACCUCUCCGAGUUCUGCACCGGCGCGUCCUCGGACUGCCCCGAGGACGCCUUCCAGAUGGACGGGAAGCCCUGCUUCGACCAGGGGGAGGGCUUCUGCCACAGCGGGCGCUGCCCCACACAUCAGCAGCACUGCUGGAGGCUGUUUGGCAAAGGGGCCACCGUCGGACCACCCGAGUGUUUCGGACUGAACAGGCGGGGCGAGGAAGGGGAUAACUGCGGGAGGAACAAAUCGGGCUACGUCCCCUGUGCUGCGGCGAAUCUCCUGUGUGGAUCUAUGUUUUGCGGAGGUGGCGGUGAGUCCAUCAGUGGUAAAAUGGCGGUGUACAAGGUUUACGGCAUCGAGUGUAAACUGGCCGUGGACGACGACAGGACCAGAAGCUUGGACAUGGUGCCGAGGGGAACCAGGUGUGGAGGCAACAAGGUCUGCCUCGACCGCCAAUGUGUGGACGCGUCGGCGUACGGGAGACCGGAGGAGUGCGCCAAGAAGUGCAACAACAACGGGGUGUGCAAUCACAAGAAGGAGUGCCACUGUGACCCCGGCUGGGCCCCCCCGCACUGCGACAUCCAGUAUGCAGAUUUACCUCAAGGUCACAGCGGGAUCAUAGCCGGAGUGUGUGCGGCCGUCUCCAUCCUGCUGUUGAUCUCUGCGCUCACCGCGGGGCUGCUGUGCUGCAAGAAGGACGACAUGGACAACUACGCCUCCAAAAGGAAAGUGCACUCAGCUCCCGACAGGCCGGACCGGGUGUUCCAGGAGCAAGGCGUGAGCGGCAGACCUCAGAUCAGCCCGCCCACGUUCAUGGCGUCCACGGCGACGCAGGCCUGCGCUCCUCUGAUGGUCAGCGCGCCGCCCCGCGCAGCUGCUCCACAGCCGCAGAAGGCUCCGCCCCCAAAGCCUCCCAAAGCGCCGCCCCCAGCGCCGCCCCCAGCGCAGACGAAACCCGUACCUCCAUCCAAACCUUUACCUCCUCUGAGUAAGACACGGGCCCCGCCCCUCCCCUGCUUCCAGCCGAGCCUUAACCUCACGUGACAGUUCGAGAGUCGGGUUUCACAUCCAGCAUGUGGUGACACAUGAAGAGGGAUCGAACGCGUGGCACCAAAGACUCUUUGUCUUAAAGACGAGGAUGUCUCAAAUGACCAGCAGCUUCUCAGCAGCAGCUCAUAUGAAUACCUACUUUUUAAAUAUUUAUUUAAUGUCUGCGUAAAGGACCGCGUGGAAAUGAUUAGAGUGUGAAGGGCUUCCUGUUACUAUCUAGUCAUGGUGGAAACUGUUUAUUGUCAUUAUUACUAUUUAUGAUUAGUAAUGUGACAUUCAGUUUCUUGCUCUGUUUUGGUCUCCACCACCAAAUGUCUGUUAUUUUAGCUGCUAAAUGCUCCGCUAUGUUCACCUGCCGGUCCGCAACCGAGUCAGUCUGCAGUUUGCUGAGCAGGUCGAGUAUAGUGAGGCUAUGAAAGGAUAACAUAGUCCUCUGCAUCUUGAUGAUCUAUGAGAGAGAAACACAAUAAGUUAUGAGAUUAUUAGACUCACGAUGAAGCUCCGUAAAGAGACCAGAAACACCUUCAGUCAAUGACAAUAUAGAAAUAUUUGAACCCAGGGCUAGUGUGGGUAUUAAGAAAUAACCCGAUUUUGUGCCCAGAUCUUGAAAAAACGGACCAUUCGAAUGUUUCUGCUUGAAGCCGAUUGUCACAAGUUCACGUGGUAGGUACUGCAGUUGUGCGUUUUAUUUUACACCCAGCUUUACUUGUAGUGGCUCUAAGUUGUUAUUGAAAGCACCUCCGUUUUUCUCUGCACACUGAUCAUUCGCACACGGCCCCUAAACUGUGGCGUGGACCAGGCGGGGCGGAGAACUUUUAUUGCACUCUUAUGUUUCUACGGCAGCGGUUGCAAAGCUUACACCUCAGUGUGGAGCGACCUUCCUCUUCUCGUUCACCGUGAUCGAUUGAAUGUAGAAAUGAUGUAAAUUCCCACGAGAGGCCUCUGUAUUAAAUACAGAUGCACUUUGUCACAAACGUUUUAUCUGCUGUGACAUUUUAUUUAUGCAAAGUUAUUGAAAUUUUCAUUUCUCUCAUUGAAGCCUGUUCACUGUUUACUUCUCUGAGUUGUUUUGGAUUGUGUAAAAUAUUUCUUAACCUAAUGUCCUGUCCUCCAUUGGUCUGUGGUUACCAAUUGGUUCAUAUUUGUAGAUUUGGGGAUAAAAUGUCUCCAUGGCUAUUGGAUGGAUUGCCAUGACAUGUGUGCCCAUACAUUCAUUGUUCUCUGAGGAUGAACCCUUUAAUCGUCCAAUGAAACACCUCCAGGAGGAAGUAGUGUAGUGCUAUAAAAAGAAUAGCAUGUGAAUCAGCUUCUUACUGAAGUAUUGAUUAAUGAUGAAUACAAACAUAAAAACAUUUUAACAUGUUGAGGUCUGGGCAGAACAGACACACGUUGAAAGAACUAGCGCCACAAACUCGCAAUAAAGUUUCCUUCUGGUCGUAAAUCCUUCGUCACCCUGAUUCCAGACCUUCAAAAGGAAAGGGAGGGCGGCAGAUUUCUCUGUGAUUCACUCAAUGAUUCACAGUAAAACAAGAGUGUUUACAGAGAGAACAGCAAUGCUGGCUGAUACAAUGUAUAAAUAUAUCCAUUUAUACAUGUAACUAUCAUAUAUACAUCUAUACAUAAAUGAAUAAAUAGUUAUAUCACACAUACAGAACAUUACUAAUGGCCUCCUUCAUUUUGAAGUCGUCAGCAAGCUUCUCAUGAACCAUUUCCACAAGUUGUAAAACAACUGGGUGAACACUUCCUGAGAAGGAAGGAGAUCAUUUGUGAGUCACUCCCUGGGGAUUAAGGGUCUCAGUGCUGAGUCAGAUUAACCUCUUUGUUUCUAGUAUCACUGGACUCCUUUGAUUCUGUUGGAAAAUGAAAGAAGGCGUAAAGUUUCUGGUCUCUUUAAGGAAGAAUUCAGAGUUUUAAUUUAGAAGUAGCAAUGAAACAGUGUACAAGUACCACACUUAAGAAUAAGGCUCACAUUCAAGUGUCAGGAUGUAAAAUAUACUUGGAAGGAUAAAAGUGAAAAUACUCUUAAUGAGUAUUAAUGGAUUAAUUGGAUUAGUAAUGGCUGAUGCAUUAUCAGAUCAUUUUCUAUCAUUCGUGUUUCAGUGGCUCAACCUAUAGUUUUAUUGUAUCAGAUGUCAAAAAAGAUUGAAAUACUUCGAACGUAAACUAGACACAAAAACCUGUUGAGCAAAGAUGAAAAAAUGUAACUCGAUUAAUCGGAUGAUUGUUCUGUGAUUAACAGCAAUUAGUCACAUUAUGCGAAAAAUUCAGUAAAGAAUUAAAACAUUUUUUUACAUUUUACCAAUAUAACAGGCACUCCAAGAGCAACAGCAAGUUAACACAAUGUAUAUUAAUCGGUUUUUAAAAGAAACAUUUUAUCCAGGAACAGCAUAAUGCAGCAUAUGUUCAGCAGUAAGGGUCCCUGUUAGAGCGAGGUAAGGCGCUCUAACACAAGAGAAAGUACCCUGGAACUUAUCAGUCAUCUCAAAGAAAAGCUUUGUUCGCUGGUGAAAGUGUGCUUUCCUGCGUGUGAAUGUUCAGGCACAAUCACAUCAUUGUCAGAGUUAAUGGAUCGCUACGUUAACGCAUUUAUAACGUGUUAAUACAUUUCAUUAAAGAAUGAAUGAGUAA